CUUCAAUUAAUCGUUUCCAUGGCUACCACACACUACACAAGAAUAUAAAGAAACAAUCAUGUCCGUUCCUACUGGAGAGAGCAUUUACCAGCUCAUCCCACGAGUCCCGCCAGCCAGAGUGAAGAAUCCAAGACACAAAUCAAAGUUCACUCCUGGAGUCAAGACGGAGGAGAAGAGAAACAAGCAGCCCUCUAAAACAAUGGGUCCUGCUAAAGUGGGCCUCAAUCCUCCACAAUCAUUCCUCAAGAAGCACUCCAAAGAGCCUCAGCUAACAGGAAACAGUGAUUUCAAGUUCUCUGAUGUGAGGAAGCCACCAGUGCCGGGACAUACAGAGAGACCUCAAAUGGGAGCUAAAAGCACUCGCAACUUUAUAGCCACGAAUGCAGUCAAUAACAUAUUGUCCGUACCCCGCAAGCCAGCUCCAACAUAUGUGGACACUGAGGCAGGCUCUAAACACCAGCUGGAGGAGUCUGGCCUUGUCCCUAAGUACAUCAAUAAGAGGGAGUAUGGGAAGGUGCCUGGUUACUUGGAGCAACGUAGACGUGAGAUGGAAGCAGCACAGGCUGACUAUGAUGCUUAUGUGGUAGAGAGCUUACGUGAGGGUCAGAUGGAACAAGUUGGAGUGAGUGAGAGAGAUAGUUUGCUGGCUGGACUUAAGUCUAACUGGGAUGAGAUCCAUCAUCGCUACCAAGGACUGAGUGUAGUGGCAGACACAGCUCCUAAGAAAGCUCGUAAGGAACGCAUGGAAGCAGAGAUGAAACAACUGGAGAGAGACAUUCAACUAGUGGAAAAGCACAGAGUUAUCUAUAUAGCACAGGACACACCAGCUUAUUAGCUAGCUAGCUAGCAAAACAUUGUGAACUUAUUCAUUAAUAAAAAUUAAUUACUAUGUUGAUCUAACAUUAAGAUCUAGAGAAAUACAUUAAUUAUUAAAAUGAGGCUGA